CAUUAGGACAAGAUGGAACAGAACUGGCAACAAUGCAAGCAGGCACUCAGAAGGCAAGAGCAUCAUCUGCCUUCCUAUCAUAUUCCUGGGACCCUUUAACGCAGCAGCAUCAGAAAAUUGAGCUUAUAAGAAUUUAGAUGACAAUAUGGCUCACUUUGAUACCGAGUAUCAGCGACUGGAGGCCUCAUAUAAUGACUCUCCCCCUGGAGAAGAAAAUCUGAUGGUUCAUGUUGCUGAGGGCAGCAAAUCUCCACAUUGGCAUCACAUUGAAAAUCUGGAUCUUUUUUUCUCUCGUGUCUAUAACCUGCACCAGAAGAAUGGCUUCACUUGCAUGCUUAUCAGUGAGAUCUUUGAGUUAAUGCAGUUCAUCUUUGUUGUGGCUUUUACUACAUUCCUUGUCAGCUGUGUUGACUAUGAUAUUCUCUUUGCCAACAAACUGGUGAAUCACAGUCAGCAUUCCAGUGACCCAGUCAAGGUGACUCUGCCAGAUGCUUUCCUGCCUCCCAAUGAGUGCAGUGCCAGAAUCCAAGCCAAUGGAUUUCUUCUCUCCAUCCUAGUGAUUGCAGGGGUCUUUUGGAUUCACCGGCUGAUUAAAUUUAUUUACAAUAUUUGCUGCUAUUGGGAAAUACAUUCUUUUUACGUGAAUGCACUCAAGAUUCCCAUGUCCAAUUUGCCCUACUAUACCUGGCAGGAGGUACAAGCACGGAUUAUACAAAUCCAAAAGGAGCACCAGAUCUGCAUUCAUAAGAAGGAGCUGACAGAACUGGACAUCUAUCACCGCAUCUUGCGCUUCAAGAACUACAUGGUAGCCAUAGUGAACAAGUCACUCCUGCCUGUGCGCUUCCAUCUUCCCUUACUGGGAGAUACUGUCUUCUACACGCGUGGCCUCAAGUACAACUUUGAACUUAUUUUCUUUUGGGGCCCUGGCUCGCUGUUUGAGAAUGAAUGGAGUCUGAAGGCCGAGUACAAGCGUGGUAGCAAUCGCAUGGAGCUGGCUGACAAAUUGGGCACCCGUAUCUUAUGGAUUGGCAUUGCUAAUUUUCUCCUUUGCCCCCUUAUACUUAUAUGGCAGAUUCUUUAUGCUUUCUUCAGCUACACCGAAAUUCUCAAGAGAGAGCCGGGCAGCUUGGGUGCUCGUUGCUGGUCUCUCUAUGGCCGCUGCUACCUGCGACAUUUCAACGAGCUGGAUCACGAGUUGCAUUCAAGGCUCAGCAAAGGCUAUAAGCCAGCUUCUAAGUACAUGAACUGUUUCAUUUCUCCCCUGUUUACUGUUGUGGCGAAGAACGUGGCCUUCUUUGCUGGUUCUAUCCUUGCUGUCCUCAUUGCCCUCACAAUUUAUGAUGAAGAUGUACUUGCUGUAGAGCAUGUCCUCACAACUGUCACCCUCCUGGGAGUGGCGGUCACUGUCUGCAGGUCCUUCAUCCCAGACCAACACCUGGUUUUCUGCCCAGAGCAGCUGCUUCGGGUGAUUCUGGCACACAUCCAUUACAUGCCUGACCACUGGCAAGGCAAUGCCCAUCGUUAUGAAACCAGAGAUGAAUUUGCUCAGCUCUUCCAGUACAAGGCAGUGUUCAUCUUGGAAGAGCUGCUUAGUCCCAUUGUGACGCCCUUGAUUCUCAUUUUCUGUCUGAGGCCCAAAGCUUUGGAAAUCAUCGAUUUCUUCCGCAACUUUACAGUGGAGGUUGUGGGUGUGGGAGACACUUGCUCCUUUGCCCAAAUGGAUGUGCGCCAGCAUGGGCAUCCUGCAUGGAUGUCAGCUGGGAAGACAGAAGCCUCCAUUUACCAGCAGGCCGAGGAUGGCAAGACAGAGCUGUCCCUCAUGCAUUUUGCCAUCACCAAUCCACACUGGCAACCGCCUCGGGAGAGCACAGCUUUCAUUGGCUUGCUUAAGGAGCGGGUGCACCGUGACAGCAGCCUGGCAUUGGCCCAGCAGGCUGUCUUGCCUGACAAUGCACUUUUCACCUCUAUCCAGUCACUACAGUCUGAAUCUGAGCCACACAGUCUGAUUGCCAAUGUGAUUGCUGGCUCCUCAGCACUUGGGUACCAGACAAUCCGUGAUGCACAGACUUCGCGGCAUCUGUCUGCUGUCUCUGAGGUGGCAUCUGCUUUGCGUUCCUUCUCCCCUCUUCAGUCUACCCAGACAACACAUGGGAGUUCCCACGCUGAUGGUGCCCAACUUCGGGGACCUGGCACAAUGACAGGCUCGGGGGUGGAUGCCAGGACAGCAAGCUCUGGCAGCAGUGCUUGGGAAGGUCAGCUUCAGAGCCUCAUUCUUUCAGAAUAUGCCUCCACUGAGAUGAGUCUGCAUGCUCUCUAUAUGCACGAGCUGCACAAGCAGCAUGCCCAGUUGGACCUUGAACGACACUUGUGGCACCGGCGGGAGAGUGAUGACAGUGGGGAGAGUGCCCAGGAAGACCCAGAGGCCCAGAGGAACACCCCUAGCAGCGCUAUGCCUCGCUCAGCCAGUUAUCCCUUGGCCUCCCCACAUCAAAUUGGUGAUGAGGCAUCUGUUCUACACGCAGGCUUCCAGCGCCGUUAUGGUGGUGUCUCGGACCCUGGUCCAGUGAAUAGGACUCCAUCACACUUUGCUCGGCUGCCACUUGGGGGCUGGGCAGAAGACGGUCAAGCUGCUCGACACCCAGAGCCCGUCCCAGAGGAGAGCUUAGAAGAUGAAUUGCCACCUCAGCUACACAAGGUGUAACUGUGAAGGCUGAAGUUCCAAUGGGAGUUCCAGAUCUGGGGCCUGUCUCGGCUGGUGGAGCAGUGAGUUACCCUGCCCUAGAAGAUACGGGUUAGCUCACGCAUCCAUGGCCUGGACAUCAGAAUCCAAGGGUAACCGAUGUGACAGUGUCCGUGGUGCCUUUGGGGUGGGCAGAACUCUAUACAGACAUGCAUCAUGCCAGCGACACAUUAGCUGUGCAUGGGCUGGGUGUGUGUG